AUUACGGCAUUCGAAAUGGGAGGAGUUGAGGAACAUGCUUAAGUAUGAAAUAUUUUGCUACUUGCAGCAUACACACACGUGACUAUCUCUAUUAAAGCACAAAAAAGGGGGCAUGACUCUUCCUAACUUGCGGUAAAUGCAAUACCUAAAUAUGUCCACACGGGGACAUAGUAGACCAUCACAUAUCAGCUGGCUGUACCAUAUCUCGGGCUCCUCCCUUCUUUAGUACAUGUUUCAAAAGCCACAGAGACAAAGGGAUUCAGAGAAGGAAAAGGAACGGUGCGGCAACCAUUUUCUUUCUGCAUGAAAGAACCCUCAAAUCAUCAGUUUCUAUCCAUUGCUUUUUGGCUUUGAAUGUAGAUUAUAGCAAAGGAUAUAUCAAUUUCACAGUAAUUUGUAGGUUUUUCCAGUUGGAUGUAAAUAUGCAUAGACCAGAUGGAUCAAGCUCUGUUUGGAUAUAUGUCAUCUUUCUGCUGCUGGAUUGUUAUUUGGAAGCUGUUUUUGGGCAUCUCUCUUACUCCGUCUCAGAGGAGGUGGACCGUGGAACCUUUGUGGGAAAUAUUGCGAAAGAUCUCAAUAUAAAUGUCCAGGAGCUGGAAACCCGAAUGUUUCAGAUUGUUGCCGGAUCAAAGACAAAGUAUUUUGAGGUAAACCUAAAGACUGGUGCUCUGUACGUAAAUGAGAGAAUAGAUCGAGAGGAACUCUGUAGUGAUGAAGCCAAAUGUUCACUUAAUGUAGAAGCAGUUAUUAACAAUCCACUUAAACUGUACCGCUUUGAAAUUACAAUCCUUGAUGUUAAUGAUAAUUCUCCAUCUUUUCCAAAGACAUUUCGAUCAAUAAACAUCAGUGAAAACACAGUAAUAGGGGCAAAAUUCCCAAUGACUCCUGCUGAAGAUUCGGAUGUUGGGAAGAACACUGUUAAUAUCUACAAACUUAGUCAAAAUAAUUAUUUUGCUCUGGUUACACAUAAAGGAGAUAGUGUUGCACCCGAGCUUGUCUUGCAGAAAGCUUUAGAUAGAGAGAAACAGGCUGUUGUUAAGCUGGUAUUAACUGCCGUUGAUGGAGGAACACCAGCUAAGUCUGGUAGCAUGACAAUAUUGGUGAAUGUUUUAGAUAUUAAUGACAAUGCUCCAGUAUUCACUCAAACUCUGUACAAAGCAACAGUGUAUGAAAAUGCUAAAAUAGGCACGUCGAUAAUAUCAGUAAAUGCAACUGAUUUGGAUGCAGGACAGAAUGGAGAAGUGAUUUAUUCAUUUAGUGAAAUGGGUCGAGGGAAACAGACUGAUGUAUUUGAAAUAGAGGAGAAAACAGGGAUUAUAAAAAUUAAGAAGAAUAUAGAUUUUGAAGAAAAUAAUGCUUUUCAGAUUCGAGUGCAGGCCAGUGAUGGGGGACCCUCACCACACACAUCAAAUGCAAAAUUACUGAUUGAGGUUUUAGAUGUAAAUGACAACGCUCCUGCAAUUACAGUAACGUCCCUGUUAAAUACAGUUAAAGAGGAUGCAUCCAUUGGCACUGCCAUUGCUCUUGUUUCAAUUUUUGAUAAAGACAGCAGUAACAAUGCCAUGGUGAAUUGCAAGAUCUCCAAUAACGUUCCCUUUAAAUUAGAGUCAAAUUAUAAGAAUUACUAUUCUCUAGUUGUGGAUGGACCUCUAGACAGAGAAAAAGCACCUCACUAUAAUAUUAGCAUCACUGCUGCAGAUGAGGGAAGCCCACCUCUUUCCAGCACCAGCGUCAUUUUUGUACACGUCUCUGAUGUAAAUGAUAACAAACCUCAUUUCUCAGAAAGCACUGUAAACAUCUUUAUUAAAGAAAACAGUCCAACAGGAGCAAUUAUUAAAACAGUAUCAGCAGAUGAUGCAGACACUGAUCAAAAUGGAAAGGUUACCUACUCACUGUUACAGGACAAUAGAAACUCACUGCCACUGAGUUCAAUGAUAAACAUCAACUCAGAGACUGGAGAUAUAAUCAGUCUGCAGUCUUUUAACCAUGAGGAGUUAACAACAUUUGAAUUUAAAGUUCAGGCCACAGACUCUGGUGUUCCUCCACUCAGCAGCAACGUCACAGUAAACGUUUUCAUCCUGGAUGAAAAUGAUAAUAAUCCAUCAAUUUUAGCUCCUUAUUCUGAGCACGGUUCUGUUAACGGUGAGACCAUCCCUUAUUCUGCUGAAGCAGGAUACUUUGUAGCAAAGAUCAGGGCUGUGGACGCAGACUCUGGAUACAAUGCGCUGCUUUCUUAUCACCUGUCUGAGCCCAAAGGAAACAACCUGUUCAGGAUCGGAACCAGCACCGGGGAAAUCAGGACUAAGAGGAGAAUGAGCGACAAUGACCUGAAAACGCACCCCUUGGUGGUGCUGGUUUCUGAUAACGGAGAACCUUCCCUGUCAGCUACGGUGUCUAUUGAGGUGAUGGUGGUUGAAAGCACAGCUGACGUCCAGACUCAGUUCAGACAUGUUCCUAUAAAGGAGGACAGCUUCUCUGACUUGAACUUGUAUCUGCUGAUCGCCAUCGUGUCGGUGUCUGUGAUCUUCCUGCUGAGUCUCAUCAGUCUAAUAGCUGUCAGAUGCCACAGGACAGACGGCACUUUCAGCAGGUACAGCGCCCCCAUGAUCACCACCCACCCUGACGGGAGCUGGUCUUACUCUAAAGCUACCCAGCAGUAUGACGUGUGUUUCAGCUCAGACACACUGAAGAGUGAUGUAGUGGUUUUCCCCGCACCGUUUCCACCUGCAGAUGCUGAAUUGAUCAGUAUUAAUGGAGGAGAUACUUUUACCAGAACUCAGACUUUACCCAACAAAGAGAAGGUAAGACCCUGCUGAUUUAUAACACUUUGA